CUGCGCCUGGGGUGGGGGGAGGCGUGGGGGGAGCGCCAUCGCGAACCGGCCUUUCCAUCAGUUUUUCUUCUCUCGCACCCCCCCCCCCAGGCUUCCCGGACAGCGCUUGCGCAGGGGACUCGAAGCUGAGGUGGUCGAGCUGUCGGGAGGGGUCUGGGUGGACGCUUCAAGGACCCAAGAUUGUCCAAAGCCACAGGGAAAAUGGUGGAAAAUUCACCGUCGCCAUUACCAGAAAGAGCGAUUUAUGGCUUUGUUCUUUUCUUAAGCUCCCAGUUUGGCUUCAUACUAUAUCUUGUGUGGGCUUUUAUUCCUGAAACUUGGCUAAACUCCUUAGGCUUAACCUACUGGCCUCAAAAGUAUUGGGCGAUUGCAUUGCCCGUCUACCUCCUCAUUACUAUAGUAAUCGCUUAUGUACUCUUGUUUGGAAUAAACAUGAUGAGUACCUCUCCACUCAACUCCAUUCAUACGAUCACAGAUAACUAUGCUAAAAAUCAACAGCGGAAGAAUUACCAAGAAGAGGCCAUCCCGGCAUUAAGAGAUAUUCCUAUUAGUGAAGUAAACCAAAUGUUCUUUCUUGCAGCCAAAGAACAUCACACCCAAAACUAAAUUGUAUGUAGACUAACAACAAGCAUUUACUAUAAAAGUUUUUGAUGUAAUAAUUUUGACCAUAAUUAUUUUGACUCUCUUGUUAAAACAUGAUAUUGAAAUGUAAAAAAAUAAGUUGAGCCUGUUUUAGAUAACGUUCCGUUAAUAUUGUAAAUAUUCUUGGGGCGCCUGGGUAGCUCAGUCGGUUAAGCAUCUGAGUUCAGCUCAGGUCAUGAUCUCACAGUUCGUGAGUUCGAGCCCCACAUUGGGCUGUCUGCUAUCAGCACAGAGCCCACUUCAGAUCUUCUUUCUCCCCCUCUCUCUGCCCCUCCCCAUCUUGUGCGUGCACACACGCUCUCUCUCUCUCAAAAAUAAAUAAACAUUAAAAAAAAUGUAGAUGCUCUCAAGUAUUAGUUAUUAAUGGACAAAAUAAAUACUGCAUUGCCACAUACCAGACUUUUUGAAACAUAAGUAUCUGUAAAAUCAAGAAAUCCCUCCAGAGAGACAUUUAUGCUGUAAUUCUUUUUUAAUUUUUUUUUAAUGUUUAUUUAUUUUUGAGAGAGAGAUAGAGACUGCAAGCAGGGCAGGGGCCGAGGGAGAGGAGACACAGAAUCAAAAGCAGGCUCCAGGCUCCAAGCUGUCAGCAGAGAGCCUGAUGUGGGGCUCAAACUCACGAACCGUGAGAUCAUGACACGAUCCAAAGUCGGCCAGUUAACCAACUGAGCCACACAGGCGCCCUUCAUGCUGCAAUUUUUAAAUGGCAAUUAUGUCCUUCCUGCUGUUUGUUCUUGGAGGCCCAGAAUUCGAACUCUGAUUUGGGGAGAAGGGUACAUUUAAUUUGUAUGUUCUUGCCAUCACAUUUGUGUCUAAGACACAAAGAAACAUUUGUGGAGUACUUCCAACAUACCAGGUAUUUUUCUAGAUGUAGCGAUGAAAAGAUUCUCUCUGAAAGAGCCUACAUUUUAGAGGCAGAUUGAGACAGACUAAGCAAAUAAAAUAUUUGUGAUGAGUGCUAUGCAGAGAAUUAAAAUAAUAUAAUGUUCUAGAAAGUAUAAAGGGAUGACUACUUUAGAUUGGGUCAGGGAAGGCUGCUCAGAGAGAGGCAGUUGAGACUGAAAUUUGAUUAGCAAAAACAGGAGCCCAACAGAAGGAUCAGAGACAAGGGAGACCUUGCAGGUGUGAAGCAGCCAGGGCAGAGGCCUCCAGGUGAGAAGGAGCUCAGCGUGUCCUGAGGACGGAAGGCCAGCAGGGGGCCUAGAGUGCUCUGUGCCAGGGGGUGUGGUCGGGGGAGGCCGGAGAGGCCAGCAACACGGCAGUGGGCUUUGUGGGCCAAUGUAGGAAGUCUGGACUUAAGGGUCCGUGUGAGGCGUUGGAACCCUUUAGACACUGAGCGAUCGGGAGGCUUUAAGGGAAGGCAUGACAUGGCCUGAUGUAUGUUUUUAAAAAGUCGCUCAGGCUGGUGGAUAGAGGAUGGAUUCAGGAGGGAGAGUCCAGGAUGGGGCAGGAGUAUGGAGCAGAGUGGUGGCGGUGGAGCUGGGGAGGAGUCACUCUGCAGCCUUUGUCGGAGACGCAGCUGACUGACUGUGCGGGGUAGGCAAGCUGCUGAGAUGAGUUGUGAUCAAGGGCCCCUCCUGGGUUCUUUUGGAUCAAUGAGUAGAUGGUUCUACCUUUUGCCGAAUCGGACAGUAUUUGGGGGAGUGUAGGUGAGGGGGUUGGAGAAUUUGGUAUAUGAGUUACUUGGACUGAUGCCACCUUGUGAACAUCUGUUUGCAUCCACGUGAGAUUAAGAAGCUUAAAGUUUAAAAAACAAACCAUGUAUAACUUUGUAAGAGUAUACUCACAGUUGGCCAGUCUUAGCAAGCAUUCAAGGCCUUCUAACUUUGAACACACUAAAUCUCUACAUAGAGGUGGAGCUACCCAUUUUUGUGCAGAUUUAACUAUACCUUCUGUAAAAUGAAAAAAAAAAGAAACUAUUUUAAAUAGUUGAGAAAACUAGGACUUCCAUUUCAAGGACAGUAUCCCUGCCCAAUGAGCACGAGAUGGAUGACAGGAAUCUGCUAUUUCUGUUCUGUUGUUUGUCCCAUUUCCUGUAUUUUUAUGGUAAAAGCAUCUCACCACAUUUAAGAGCAGUUUAAGAGGACCAGUCAGGUCCAUCCAGGACAGAAUGGUAAAUAAAUGGUGAUCUGUUUAUACAUUGAAAAACCCUACAGCCGUACAAACAAUGAAUCACUGCUUUAUCUAACAACAGGAAUGAAUAUCACAGAUAUAUGUUGGGGGGAAAAACCACGUAAAAGAAUGUAUACUAUAUGUUUUCAUUUACAUGAAAUUCAAAAUCAGGAAAAACUACUCUGGUGAUAAAUAUUGGAAUGGUGAUAUUAACUAGCAGAGCCAUGAGGGAACCUGCCGGGGGGGGGGGGGGGGGGGGUUGUUGAAAAUGCCCCGCACCUUGAUAUGGGUUGUAGUUACUUGGGUAUAACAAUCAUUGUGUUAAUAUCAUUUGACUUAAUGCUUUUUAAGAUUGAAUGAUGGUUUAUAUACAAUGUUGUAUUUGUUUCAGGUGUACAAGUUAGUAAUUGGAUAGUUUUGUACAUUACAAAAUGCCCACCACAGUAGGUCACCAUAUAAAGUUAUUACAGUAUUAUCGACUGUAUUCCCUAUGCUGUAUAUUACAUCCCUGUGGCUUAUUUUAUGAGAAGUUUGUAAAUUAGAAGUUCCCUUCACCCCUUCACCUGUUUCACCCGUCCCUUCAACCAAGAAGUAACUUACACAUCAAUAAAAAGGUAAAGAACAGUGCCGAUGCCUCAUCCCCAGAAAUUUUAAUUCAUUGCUCUGGAGUGGGACCCAAGCAGGGGUAGUUUUUAAUGACAACCGGACACUUAAAACGUGCAGCCAGCAUUGAGAACUUCCUGCCUUAAUUCAUUGGAUUUAACUGAGCCUGUGGUCAACCAGGGAGUGGUGUUAGCUUCGAAAGAACAGGCUGUGUUCGAGCGGCCCUCCCACCUUUGUGAGACUCCUGCCCGCAUCAGCAUCACUCCUUUGCAUUCCCCUCAGGCCAAUGAUAGGCCUGUGAAGGUGUUGAAAUGGGUGAGAAAAGGCCCUUCAUUAACUGCAGUGCCCCACCUCGCCUCCAGCCCCCUAUUAACUUUUCAUUCUGUUUCCCAGCCCUGCUGUUCUUAAACUUUACAAGACAUUUUGUCCGCAUGUCGCUUUUUCUUCGAUUAUGGGACGCAGUUCUUUCCAGGGUCUUGGUUUAGUGCAGCAGUCCUCACCAUUUUUCUUAAACCUCAGGACCCCUUUGUAUUCACAAAGUGUGUUCCCAAAGAGCUUUUGUGUAGGUGGAUUAUAUUUAGAAAUUAACCUAGGAAUUUUUAAAAUAUUUGUUUAUAAAUAAUCUACCCAUUACAUUUUGACAUGCUUAAAUAACAUUUUAUGAAAAACAACUAUAUUUUCCCAAAAGAAACUUCGUGAAAUGAGUGGAAUUGUUUUACAUUUUUGCAAAUCACUUUAAACAUCUGGCUUAAUGGAAGACAGCUGGGUUCUCCUAUCUGCUUCUGUAUUCAGUCUGCUCCAAUACCACAUGUCACAGAGCUUCCGGAAAACCACUGCACACUUGUGAGAGAAUGAGAGUGGGAAAGACAAAUAGCAUCUUAAUCGUUUUAUGAAAUUGGUUUUGACCUCAUGGACCCCCUGAAACAGAGUCUCCAGACCACACUUGGAGAACUACUGGUUAGUGGGCCUCAACUAGAAAGAGAGAGAGCGAGACUGUGCGUGUGUGUGUGUGUGUGUGUGUGUGUGUGUGUGUGUGUGUGCAGGAUACGGUAUUGCACUUAGGAAGGAUAAGUAUCUUAAUUGAAUACCUCUAAUGGCCACUUCAGAUCUGCUUGGUUCCACACCUUAUUCCAGCCACUGAUGCCCCUUUGAUCAGCGACAGGUGCCCCUUGACAAUGCACCCUGGAGAGAGGGGAAGUCAACCCCCAGAGGACGCCAUGGAGCUCCAUGUGGGGCAGGCGUCCAUCCCCCAAAGAAGCAAUUGUGAGCUUCAUUUUCGGGAGCUCCUCAGGAGGCCCUGGGAGAUUGAGCGGCGGUCACCAUGGCAAUGGUGAGCUCAGUAGCGCAUGCCUGUAUUGGCUCUUCUCGGUUUUGCUCCAUUGCUGCCCACUCUUCCCUAGUGUCACUUUCCAAAUAGACUGCCUACGCACAAGCCUUUGUCACAGGCUCUGCUUUCAUGAGAACCCCAGGCUGAGAUGUGGCUUUUCUGUAAAAAUUUUGCUUCAGUUGCAGGGCCGUGAUAUGUAAUGCAUUUCCCUGCUGCAUGCUGUAGUUUAAGAAAAACAUUUGAGGAGUGCCUCGGUGGCUCAGUUGGUUAAGAGUCAGACUUCACGUCAGGUCGUGAUCUCACGGCCCACUCCGUGGGUUCGAGCCCCGCUUUGGACUCUGUGCUGACAUCUCAGAGCCUGGAGCCUGCUUCUGAUUCUGUGUCUCCCUCUCUCUCUGCCCCUCCCUGGCUCAUGAUCUCUCUCUCUCUCUCAAAAAUAAACACUGAAACAAUUUUAAAAAGAAAAAGGUUUGAAAGACACCAUGUUUUACAAUAAGCCUAAAUAAUAGCAUAAAAUACUCCCCAAAUGUCAGCAAUAGAAACAUUUUCUGAUUUUGGCAAAACCCCCUCUAGUAAUUAGAUUAUCAACAAGAAUUAUAUUAUAGAAGUCCAGACAUGAAAUCACCUAAAUGAAAAGCCAACAAUUCAAACCCAAAAUUCUUCCCUCCCUAAUUUCUUGACCUUACCUGUCUUACUGAGAAGUAUCUCAAUCAGGAGGCUGGGUUUUCUACAGAAGCCGAUGCCUCGGGGCUCAUUAGAACUGGUGUUACUCCUUAAGCAAAUUGAUCCAGCCCAUAAUUUCUUCUCUGUGCCACUAUUUCAAAGAGCCAAUGGGACAAGCAGUAUCAUAUUACCAGGCCCAUGACCACAGAACUUGGAAAACUCAAGUAAAUUCAGUGCUACUGCGGUUAUCCCAGACUCAGUACGUUGGGCAACACAGACCCCCCGUCCUAGGCAGUCACUUCAGCGCAGACUGGAUGGGAUGUGGGGAAAGGGAGGCAGAAACGAAGAGAUUCUUUUUGGUUUGUCUUCCCAAGGUGCAGGUCAGGCUGUGGCCGUUGUCAAGAUUCUCCUCGUUCAGGGUAAAACUCAGGUGGAUUAACCGUAGCACUAUAUAUAUACUAUUUCAGAAUGGGCAGACGGACUUCCCCCACCUUUCCAGUCGGUCUAGACACAACAAAAGUUCAGCACUUGGAGAUAACCACCAAAUCAGAAUGGAGCCAUGUAGACAGAGACCAUGGAUGUCUCAGUGGUCACCUGUGUGGACUUAUGACCAGGGACCAAAUGUUCCCUACCCCUCCAUUCCUCACCACCACAUAAGUCCCAGUGUUCCAGAAAUGCAACGGAAACCUCAGGGACUGAAGGAGCCACGGAGUUUGAAAUAAUGGCGUUACAGAAACUGAGUUAUAAUUGGUGAGCAGAUGCUUUUGUGGAUCUGAGUUUUCCCCCUGUGAAGCUGUUGCAUGUGACGCAGGGGAAAAACUCCAGUAACUCAAUACCUGUCUCAUCAGGCUCUUUCUGCAAAUCCAGGGUCCAAGCUCUGCUUGUAUAGGUCAGUCACAGAGGGCCAUAUGGCCAGGGCUGGAUGAUGCCAGUUAAAGCAUCAAAUGGCACCCUCCAAUUGCACCAUAGUUGGCCAGGCUGGCCCACUUGUGUUAUAAAGCCUAUUCACCCUGCUCCCGUGGCCGCUUCUAAAGGCCCCAUCCUGCCUUCUGACACUAUAGUUUCCAGGACUCCCUCUUUUGACACCUCUCCGUGAAGCACAGGUUGACAUGCACACCACUGGGGUGAACACAACACUCGUCGUCACUGUUCUGUGAAGGACAAGUGCCUGAUAGGAAUUCAAAUACAUUGUCCAUUGGGGCACCUGGGUGGCUCAGUCGAUUAAGCCUCCAACUUAAGCUCAGGUCAUGAUCUCACCUUUUGUGAGUUUGAGCCCUGCAUUAGGCUCUGUGCUGACAGCCAAGAGCCUGCAGCCUGCUUUGGAUUCUGUUUCUCCCUCUCUCUCUCUGCCCCUCCCCAACUUGUGCUCUGUC